AUGUUAUUAUGUUACGGAGGGGGGGGGGGUGUGGGGGGGGGGGGGGGGGGGGGGGGGGGGGGGGGGGGGGGGGGGGGGGGGGGGGGGGGGGGGGGGGGGGGGGGGGGGGGGGGGGGGGGGGGGGGGGGGGGGGGGGGGGGGGGGGGGGGGGGGGGGGGGGGGGGGGGGGGGGGGGUGGGGGGGGGUGGGGUUGGGGUGGGGGUGGUUUGUGGGGGUGGGUGGUGUGUGGGUGUUUUGUUGGUGGUGGUUGUUUGUUGUUGUGUUUGA